CAUAGUGCAUUCCAAGAAAGCAAUGCAUUGUUGCUAUUAACCUCCACCUUAUCUGUGUAACAAAAUGACAAUACGCGAUUUGCACUAAGUGAUCACGUGAUCUAAUCCGCCAUUGUGGCUGGUCGCGCGACUACUUUUCGGUAUGACAAAAAUGUAAACAAAGAUGGCGGAGCCGGCUUUUUCGACUUCAAAACAAAGUGAAACUUUAAGUCUUGACACUAUUCCUAAACUAACUUUCGCUGAUGUCGAGUGCUACACAAAGAAACUGAGUUCAUGUGGAAGUACACAGAAGGCAUAUAAAUACUUUGCUGAGCCUGGAUACCUCCAUAAUAUCAAAAUCUACAAUACUAACCAAGAAACAUAUAUAUAUGCUAAUUGUCAUCGGUCGAUGAAAAAGAAUGACCCGCCACAUAAUCUUCAUACAAGUAUAAAUAUAGUAUCAAAAGAAAUUAAUGGUAAAUGUUCAUGUGUCGCUGGACUUGGAGGGUUUUGUCACCACAUUAUUGGAUUACUAUUUUUGAUAGCACAUUACAAACAGCUUGAUCUAAAGACUGUACCAGACGAACUAACUUGUACCAUGAUAGCUCAACGAUGGAGCAUACCAAGAGGAAAAACUAUCAAACCACAGUGUGUUGAAGACAUCCUUGUGAAAAAGCCUCAAAGUGGAGCCAACUAUAACAAAUUCAUAAAAAGUAACCUAUACUCUCCCUCUUCCCACUACCUUCUACUAUCUGGUCCCAAUGAACUAAGAACACUGAAAAUGCUUGAUCCACAACCACUACUUACUACACUUUUCCCUCAUGAAUCGUCUCCUUCUGAACUUUCUGCAGUCUCAACUAAAUUUGGUUUAUCAGCCAAAGGAAGUGUACUCUCCUACCAACAAAAACUUUCUGCACGAUACGUCAUUAAUGAUUACAGUAACUCAGAUUUCCCAGACCUUCCUAUAGACACCACUCCAAGAUUUUGUAAUAACGUUUCCCUUUGCUUAUCCAAUGACAAACAUCUUAAAUUUGAAUCACUUGGAAUAACAUAUGACAUGUCUAGGAUAAUUGAAAAGAAAACAAGGGAUCAAGAUGAAAGUGCUAUAUGGCAUUCCCUAAGACUCACUAGAAUAACAGCCAGCAAGUUUGGAUUGGUGGCCAGAAGAAUUUCAAAUUUUGACACACUAGUGCAACAACUAAGGCCAUCAAGACAUGUGCAAACAGCAGCAAUGAAAAGAGGAAGUGAAAUGGAGGCCACAGCUGCUGGUGUGUAUGCAAGAAAGGAAAAAAAUAACAGUGUGAACAUCUUCCCAUCUGGAUUGGUACUGCACCCAGAAUGUCCCUGGCUUGGCUGUUCUCCUGACAGAAAAGUUUUUGACUUGGAAGAACUCAAAAAUGGUGGUAAUCCUUAUGGGCUUCUAGAGGUUAAAGUUGUAAAGGAGGGGGCAGAGAACUUUGACAAUGUGACCUAUCUUARAACUGACCCCAACAGUAAUGAAUUAGUUUUAAACACUCAUCAUAUCUAUUAUUAUCAGGUACAAUGUCAAUUAGCUCUUACUGGAUUAGAUUGGUGCGAUUUUUUUAGUUAUAUUAAUGAUGACAAAUACUUUUGUCAAAGAAUAAUUUAUGAUGCAGACUUUUUUCAAGAAUGCAAGGACAAAGUUGAUACUUUUUAUUUUGAUUUCUUUUUGUAAAAUUGUACUUAAUAAUGUAA